AUGCCUUCAGUCGGGCCGCAAUUGCCGCCACAUCUGGCUGAGAAGCGCAGACGAAAUUCCGACCAACCGAGUGACGACCGGCGGCCCGCAAGCCCCGAAAGCGCCACCAAACGUCGACGAGUCGCAGGCCCCAGUCUGCCACCUGCACCCCUAGACGAGCGGCCAGCAGAGCCCCUUGAGAAGGUUGACGGGUCAGAUGAUGAAAGUAGCAGCGAUGAUGACGACUUUGGACCUGCCCUGCCCACCGCUGCAGAUCUAAACAAGCCGACCAGCAUUCACAAGCCCACAAAAACGUCAUCAGCAGCGCCCGCCAUGAAGCGUGACGAUUGGAUGACCAUGGCGCCCUCCAGCGGCGACUGGUCGUCGCGAGGAGCAGACCCAACACAGCUCAAAGCGCGCAAGUUCAAUACCGGCAAGGGUGCGAAAGCGCCAUCCACAAGCGGGGACCGAGCAGCUGAUGCGUCAUGGCAUGAGACGCCGGAACAGAAGCAGGAGCGCUUGCAGAGAGAGCUGAUGGGAAUCAAGUCCAAGGAUGUCGCAUCAAAGGCGGCUCCGGCUAACGUGAGUCAGCGCAGUGAGGAGGAAGAAGCAACGGCGAAGCGAUUGCGGGAGUACAAUGCCGAACGCGGGCCUUCGCUAUACGAUUCGCAUCAGUCCAAGAAGGGCCGCGAGGAGGAGGACGAUCCAAGCGCAAGAGCAUUCGAUCGCGAGAAAGACAUCGCGGGUGGACUGCAAAUCAACGCCACGAAGCGGCGCGACAUGUUGAACAAGGCAAGUGACUUUGGUAGUCGGUUCAGCUCGGCCAAGUACUUGUGA